GUUCCCCUUUCUGUGUUCAUAACUGGUGCUGGGUCAUAUGACUAGAAUCAUUUAACUUUAUUGCAGUUUACUUGAAUACUUGUUUUUUUUUAAAAUAGUUUUUUAUUUUUUAUACAGACAAUUUCACAGAGAUGCUUUACAGAGAAAGAGGAAAAUGGGAAAGGCCGAACCUGAACCCCCCAGAAACCAGCAUGUGAGGUAAAAACUCCCCAGAGGGAAGAAGAAAAAAAAACACCUAAACAACUAGAUUUUAACUCACAGUCUGGUCUUUGUUCUACUCGGUACAUUUCAUGAUCAGUAAUUUCAGUUUCUCUGCAAUUGACACACAUGAAUUCUUCGUAUGAUAUUUCAAUAUAAGAGUUUGUAAUGCUUUCAUUUUUGAUAACAAUUGUCAACGUUGUGCUGUGUCUGAUGGCUUUUUCCUGUUUCUAUCCUCGACAGUUUUUAAAGGAUUGCUGUCUGCUAUGCAGUCUUAUGAAAUCUUGUUUUUAAAUUGUCAAAUAAAUUCGUUCACUCAUUCUGUAUCAUUUUAUUCUCGGAAAGCUGAAGUGCAGUACUAACAAUUGAUUUUCUAAUGAGAUCGCUGUAUUACUGAUUUUUUCCCCAAUUACAAGAUAUAUUGCUGUGGAAGUAGAGCCUGCUCCUUAACAGUAAGGCUUGUCAUAUGCAGGCAACCAUUAAAACUGGUGUAAUUUUGUCUGUAUGAAUAAGAUGUAGUGAAAAUAUUUGUAAACAAAGUGGAUACUUUUUAAGUGAAUGCCUGUUACUGUUUAUUAUGUCUCUACUGAGGUACGCUUAGACUAAACAAAUGCAGAUCUGGACAUGGUCAUAACUUUUGAUGCAUAUAAACAGUGCCCUUUCCCCUUAUGAUCAAAGGGCCAAUAUUGUGUCUGUAAUGGGCUGCAAUUUGGGCCCUGCUUUGCCAGUGUAAGACAUUGGUGCAAAUUAAGUUACAUUUUUUGGUCGUUGGUAAACUCCAGCAACAAUCCAAUUAAAUUGAUAUGAGUCUCACUUGAUUGUUAAACGAGAAAGUCAAAGCUGUUGGUUUUAUCCCACUUUCCUACGUACAGCUUUUCCCAUAGAGGCAGUUAUGAACAACCUCAGAGCUGAUCCAGGGUCAAUAUGUGCUGCUCAUACAUUGCCCAGCUGGUGAAAUUAAAUGGACGCUGGCUGGUCCUGGAACGCUGCGCUGUUUCAGCUGGGUCUCACUGCACGGACUCCAGGGCAAUUGAGAUCCGCCAGCCGCAGCGCUGCAGGCCAGGGUGCACUACCUAUUUUCUGCCACUAGAUGGCAUAAAAACGCUGAGUAUUUCACCAGCUUCACAUAUCUGGCUGUGCCAGACGGUAGCGUGGGAAUGGCCAGAUCGUCAGCUCUUCUACAUUUGAGUAAGCAUGGCACUCCUGAUAGAAAUUAUGAAUGGACUGAGGGGAGGAGUUACAUUCUGACCUAUUUAAUCAUGCACAAACUUGUCCUUUUCAUUUAGCUGUGGAUUAGAAAAGACUGUAUUAUCUUUUCAUUAUAAUGUGCUUCUGCCACUGACAGUAUUCUGAUGUUAAAGUGUAAAAGGCAGCUAGAAUGACUGAAAUAUGAAUGAUUACAAUUAGUAUGUUAAAUUAGAUCCCUGGUUCAGUGUGUGUGUGUGUGUGGGUGUGGGUGCAAUCAUGAGAUCAUGUGCCCAAAAAUAUGCUACUACUACUACUACUACUGCUACUACUACUACUACUGCUACUACUACUACUUCUGCUACUUCUACUAUUUCUUCUUUUUCUUCUGUUUAUAGGAGGAGCUUGUAGUCAUUACAGGAACUGUCCCCGGCUUUUGGAUAGAAGCUUCCUUCCACUCUGUAUCAGCUAAGCUGUGCAGAUAUUCAAACAGAGGACUGUGCAGCAGACACAGUUGGCACAGGCAGCAGCUAUGUCAGCACAUGUAAGGUGAUCGGACUUACAAUCCAAAGUCUACCCAUAAUUAAGCACAAUAUACUUUCUGAAUUGAAUUGGUCUUCUAGCUUUUAAGAUGUCAAUCAUUCAGCCUCUUAAGGACUCUUCUUAGUAAUCUGUGCAGGUGGUUCCUUUGGGGCAUUUAACUGUGCAAGUGGCUCCUAUGGGGCAUUGGCCUGUGCAAGUGGCUCCUAUGGGGCAUUGGCCUGUGCAGGUGGUUCCUGUGGGGUAUUUGCCUGUGCAGGUGGUUCCUUUGGGGCAUUGGCCUGUGAAUUCACAAUUGGUACAUAUAGCGCGACACAGAUCAAGAAAACCGUAUGUGGAGUGGAUGUGGUGUACGUGGGAGACAUGGCCGCCACUGAGGCACAGCCGGAGGGAACGGUCUCCAGCGCACGCCCCUGCACACCGAGCCGGAGGGCCGGUGGCGAAACCUCCGAGGGCACGGGCGUGGCAGGGUGCACUUCCUGCAGGAGCAGAACGGACGCAUGGGGGCGAAGCCUUAGUGGAGACUGGAUGACCCCACCCACAUUACGGGCCAGGGUGUGCCACAGAGAGAAGCGCUGCCCACUGCGUGCAGACCAGGCAGGUUUCCCUAGUAAUGGAAGGCACGCUCCCUCUCCCUCUGUCGCUCCCUCUCUCUUGCACUCCAUCUCUGACUGUCUCUCUCUUUCUCUCACUCUCUCUCCCUCUCUCUUGCUCCAUCUCUCUCUCUCACAGGCACGCUCCCUCUAUCUCUCUCUCUCUCUCUCUUGCACUCCAUCUCUCACUCGCUUGCUCUCUUGCUCCCUCUCUCUCUCUCGCUCCCUCCCUCCCUCUCGUUCUCUCCAUCUCUCAGUGCCUCUCUCACCUGCAGGCUGCCAGUGAUUCUGCAGAGUGGGUAAAUAUAGGCCCAGUGAAGGAUGCAUUGAGGGGAGAGAGGGCCAGCGAGCUGCAGGCAGUGCUGCAGAGAGCCGGGACAGGGCAGGGGCGGAGAGGUGUGCGGGAGGUACAGGGGUUUUAAGGUUGUAGGGGGGGGCAGGGGGGACAGCAGCAGUCUCUGCUUCUCCCUGCAGUGGAACAGCGUUGGUGUGGGAAUUGGAAGGUUUUUUUUGGAGGGGGGUGGGGGUGGCGCGUUGGGGCUGCGAGAGCAAUACACUCUGCAGAGAGAUGCGGAGAGGAGCUCAGGGAGGGGAAGAGGGGGGCAGCCCUCUUACCCCCCUUCCCCACAGGCGGGGAGUCCGGCCCGGCUGCCCAAAACCGUCCCUGGGAGCCUGUGCCCAGGAUUAGAGUCCCUCCUGGCCUGGAACGCUCUGGAGGAAAGGAGCGAGAGGAGGUGAGGGGGAGGUGUUGGGGGGGGGGGACUAUAUUUUUGGAUGAGGGAUCUUAUGAGCUUCUAUAAAGAUGUAGUGUGAGAGGAGAGCUGAACAAGGACAUCGCUGUGCUGUGGGCCGCUGCAAGGAGAGGAGGACUCUGGGAUAGAGGGACACUCCAGCGGGGGACUCAGCGACCUGGGCACCCGGUGGGUCAGGAAGAUGCCCUCCCGCUGCCGGACGGCUCUGCACAUCGUGGGCACCACGCUCUUCGCCGCGGUCGUCCUGUUCGGGAUCCUCCUGGCCUACGUGACGGGCUACCAGUUCAUCCACACCGAGCAGCACCACCUGUCCUUCGGGCUCUACGGCGCCAUCCUGGGGCUGCACCUGUUCCUGCAGAGCCUCUUCGCCUUCCUGGAGCACCGGCGCAUGCGGCGGCCGGCCCCGCCGCGGCUCCUGCGCCGCUCGGUGGCGCUCUGCAUCGCCGCCUACCAGGAGGCGCCCGACUACCUGCGCAAGUGCCUGCGCAGCGUCCGCCGCCUCUCCCACCCGGGCCUGAAGGUGGUGCUGGUGGUGGACGGCAACCGGCCGGAGGACGCCUACAUGAUGGACAUCUUCCGCGAGGUGAUGGGGGCGGAGCAGGCGGGCUGCGCGGUGUGGGGCGGGAACUACCACUCGGAGGGGACGCGGGCGGAGGACGCGGCGCGGGUGGCGCGGGUGGUGCGCGGCUGCCGGCACUCCUGCGUCAUGCAGCAGUGGGGCGGCAAGCGGGAGGUGAUGUACACCGCCUUCAAGGCCCUGGGGGACACGGUGGACUACAUGCAGGUGUGUGACUCGGACACAGUUCUGGACCCUGCCUGCACCAUAGAGAUGCUGAAGAUUCUGGAAGAGGAUCCGGAGGUGGGAGGAGUCGGGGGAGAUGUACAGAUCCUGAACAAGUACGACUCGUGGAUCUCCUUCCUGAGCAGCGUGCGGUACUGGAUGGCGUUCAACGUGGAGCGGGCGUGCCAGUCCUACUUCGGCUGCGUGCAGUGCAUCAGCGGGCCGCUGGGCAUGUACCGCAACAGCCUGCUGCAGCGCUUCCUGGAGCCCUGGUACCAGCAGACCUUCCUGGGCACCAAGUGCAGCUUCGGCGACGACCGGCACCUGACCAACCGCGUGCUCAGCCUGGGCUUCAAGACCAAGUUCACGGCGCGGGCCAAGUGCCUGACGGAGACGCCCACGGGCUACCUGCGCUGGCUCAACCAGCAGACGCGCUGGAGCAAGUCCUACUUCCGCGAGUGGCUCUACAACGCCCUGUGGUUCCACAAGCACAGCCUGUGGAUGACCUACGAGUCGGUGGUGACCGGCUUCUUCCCCUUCUUCCUGGUGGCCACGGUCAUCCAGCUCUUCUACCGCGGGCGGCUGUGGAACAUCCUGCUCUUCCUGCUGACGGUGCAGCUGGUGGGCGUGGUCAAGGCGGUCUACGCCUGCUUCCUGCGGGGCAGCGUGGUGAUGAUCUUCAUGUCGCUCUACUCCCUGCUCUACAUGUCCAGCCUGCUGCCCGCCAAGAUCUUCGCCCUGCUCACCAUCAACCAGGCCGGCUGGGGCACCUCGGGCCGCCGGAAGAUCGUGGUCAACUUCAUGGGGGCGGUGCCCGUGACGGCGUGGGCGUGCGUGCUGCUGGGGGGCGUGGCCUACACCAUCUACUGCGAGGCGCGGGCGGGGCUGGAGGGCACGGAGCGGGCGCUGCUGGUGGCGGGGGCGGCGCUCUACGCCUGCUACUGGGCCGCCCUGCUGGCACUCUACCUGGCCAUCGUGGCCAAGCGCUGCAACAAGCGGGAGGAGCAGUACAGCCUGGCUUACGGCGAGGUCUAGGACACGCCCCCCCCCCCCCCCCCACACCACCCCAAACUCCCUCCCUUUUUCACUGGUGCUGCUGACACAGCUGAUCCUGAGGCCCCGCCCCUCCCCCAGGUGCUACGGUUCCCAGCUCAUCGGGGCUCCCUCUGACUCUCGCCCUCGCAAACUGCAUGCUGGGUCUCCCGUGCCAAAGUUCAGGGGCUUUGUUCUUAGUUUUUUCGCGUUUAAGACUGAACUCUUACGGGGAUUAUGGUGUGUCUCCUAAGUGGGGGGGGGGUGCUGAGGGUCACUAGUUUGUGCUACGCUGGUGCGGUGCUUUUCCGGAAACCAGAGGCGUUAAGUACAUACCGGUUUAAGUUCUGGGGAGGGGGAGAGGAGGCGGGUUUUCACUCUUCCAGGGCGUAGCGGCCAUCUUGGCUCUCAGCAGACAGGAAGAGGCCUGCUGAGGCAGGAAGCUGGGCAAGAGAAAUAACACUGAUUUGAUAACACCGACUCAGCAACACGGACUCCUGCUUCACACUGGGUAGGACCGUGGAGCUCUGCCAUGACUCUCUCUACUGGUGCACUUUUAAAAUCCUAACAUGUAACUGACAAUCCAGCCUUUGUACAGAAAUGGUCUCCUAAGCUGGCCAAACACCUUCCACUUUGACGAGUCAUAGGGUGGAUUAUGUGCACUUUUUUAACAUCUACAAAUAUUGAUGGCCAGAACGAGCGGCCUUGCACUCAAAAUCCAUUUAAACUCUUUUAGUGUUUAAAUAAAACCUGCACACGCUUACUCUGUAGAACAAUUUUUUAAUUUGCCACAUCCAGUACAGGAUUAUGCGUUUACAGGUAUAUUUUAAAGAUACAUUCUACUCUCAAAUGCUCUUCCCUCAGUCUCUCCUGAUUGCCCACAGUGGUGUCACAGCCACCAGGAGAGGGUGCUGUGAUGAAACACAGCUGCCACUGGAGGGCGCUGUGGUGAGAAGUGCAUCUCCAGGCCAGGCAUGGCAUUAGAAACUUUAUUUUUUAUUUAUUAAAUUUACCAUGUACCGUGUUUCCAGCUUCUGUUCAUUUACAACACCCUUCUCUAUUUAGAGACUUAAGGACUUAGUGGUGAUUCUACCUACAUUGGUGCACGAUUAACGUGCAAUAUAUAAUGCACCGUUUACAGCUGCUGGAAAUGAACUCUGUUGUCUUUACUGAAUUUAAAAGUCCCCGGAGUCCCAAAAGCUCUGGGUUGCAUAGUGGCUUUCUGAACUUGGACCAGAACCGGGCCCUGUAGAACUUACCGGAAUGAGCCAACGAUGAGGUCAUCCUCCCAGGUGCUACGCGUGGGUAGAUACUCUUUAACUUUACACGCAUUAUUUUCCUACAUCCAGCACGUGACGCCAAAACACCAGUGUACUGCCAUUUGCGAGUGCCAUUGUGUUCGUCAGCAUCAGCACUGCUCCUAAAUGUGGUCACGACUGCACGAGCGAGCCUGGAUACGGAGAAGUGGGACACAUCCGGACCAGCGAACACAUUCUCCGCCAAUCAAAUGUCGCCAUCAUCCCCACUCGCGCCAAUCAAAUCUAUCUCUGUAUUGUCAUCGCUGUAUUAAUAUCAUGCGCUGUGAUUUUCCAUGUCAGGCGUUCAAUGAGAGGGAUCUAUGAUAAAUGAAAAAGGCUGAACAGAAUAAUUAUGCGAAACAAAAAGCAGAUCAGGUUGUAACUGAGAAAAAUGAUUAUUUGGUUAAAUAAAGGUGAGAAUCACGCUGCCACAAAAAAGUUAACAGGAUUUUUAAAAGGUAUUGGAAUAUCCCUCUUUGCCGGUACUUCACUGUACUUUACCAGUACUGCUUUGUUUUAAAUAGUGGAAAGUUCUUGCACCUUUAUAUGUAUUCUGUUGCAUUACAUUGCGUCAAACAAGAACAAAUGUUUCUCAUCAAAGGAUGAUUGUGCAAGUUGAAACGCUGAAGAGCAAACAAGAAAGAGAAAAAAAACGCUUUGCAGCGCAAACAUCAACAGUGCACAUGACCUGUUUUCUUUGAUGGUGGAAUUCCAGGUGAAGAUCAGGUGGAGUUCCCACCACGUACUCUCACAUAUUCAAACUCUGAUUCCAUUCGAAGUGACUGAGUAUCACAGCUCACAAAGUUUAAGUUAGUUUGACCUUACUCUCAGCCUUGUAAAAGUAGAUCACUGUACAUUAGUGUCCCUCCUGUACAACCUUGCAGUGGUGUGUGUUAUUAGAUUUUAGCAGUUGGAGUCUGUGUUGGAGCGUGUUAUUAGGGUUUGGCAGUUGGAGUCUGUGUUGGCAUGUUAUUAGGGUGUAGCAGUUGGGAGUCCAUAGUGGUGUGUUUUAUUAGGGUGUAGCAGUUGGAGUCUGAGUAGUGCGUGUUAAUUGGGUGUAGCGGCUGGAGGGAAAAGCUUCAUUAUUGCACAUCCAGUCUGGGCUCGGAGAUCCUCAGGGUGAAAUAACAACUGGAGUACUGAUCUCUGAUCUUCAGCUGGGAAAUUUUUACAAACCAAAUUAUGUUAUUUAUGAUCUUCAACUACCAUCUCCUAAACGCAUAUUCUACAGCUGUGAGCUUGUUAAAAUGCAGACAUUAAUCAUAACAGCAGACAGAAGUGCACAUGGUGAGAUGCCAGCUAAUAGAGUCAUUGUGGGUGGCUGGACCCUCGAGUUUAAAUACAAUUUUAUCCCUUUUUCAUGAAUACCUUCUGUUCCAUAAAACAAUGUUACAGUUGCUGUCACUACAUUACUGGCGAUAGCUGAAAUUGCCCUACAGCAAUUUUGCUGAACCAGUUACAGUACAGUGACACCAGUACCAAUAGGCUGUCCUGUCAUUAUAGAGAAAUGCUAUUCUGCACGCUUUAGGCUGGGUGUUUCUCGGUCCAUGUGAUUCUGAGGCUGAUUAGAGAAAACUGGUAUCAGUUACUUUGAAUGGCAGCUUUUCCCCGCUUCAAAAACAGAACCUGGGGUCAGUGUGACGCGCCCUUUAAAAAUCACUCAAAACGUCAAAACGUCAGGUGACAUCAGUCUUGCUGGUUCUUCCAGUUGCUCAAUUCUCCGUGCAGUUCUGUGACUCACCUCUGUGCGGCACUGUGACACUUUCAAGAAACCAAACAUGUACAUGCAGCCCUUUAACUGGCAUACCAGCUACCACACAGCGCGACAGAUAGACACACACACACACACACUCACUCAGACACUCACUCACACACACAAACACACACACACACACACAGGGUCGACAGCUGUCACAUUAGUAGCAGUUUAAAGGUCCGAAUAUCAAUUCCAGGUCCUAAUCUUCAUACAUUUACCAACAACCAUUCCACUUGGUUGUUCUAGAGGAAUAAUCUUGAGACUGAAACCCUGAUAACUGAACUACUGGCAGUUAUACCUUCAGGACCUUGGGACAAUGUACAGCAUAUCACAUGUAAAUACCUUUUUGUAUUACUAAAAAAAAAACAAGCAUUUGUCUAUUUAAUGACUACAGUGUGACAAACGAUCUUAUGUAAAAUCUGUAAAAGAUGUAUUUUAAAUUAAAGACAUAUUUUUGCCUUGUAUGGUGUGGAACUAUAAAUAUGUAUUUAAAUAUAUAUUUUAUUGUGUAUAUAUUUAAAUAUAUAACAUAAUGGAUUUAAGAAAAUCACUGAGCAAUUCAAAUGUAUAUUUUUGCAAUUGGUUAAGGCCCUGUAAGAACCUGCGCAUUUUUAAUAAAUGAACAGUAUUAAAAUAAUAAUUUGG